UUCUUCGGGAAGUAUCUUAAUGAAUACAAUGGCUCCUACGUGCCGCCCGGCUGGAAGGAGUGGGUCGGACUUCUUAAAAACUCCCGCUUUUAUAACUACACACUGUGUCGGAACGGGGUGAAAGAGAAGCAUGGCUCCGACUACUCCAAGGAUUACCUCACAGACCUCAUCACCAACGACAGCGUGAGCUUCUUCCGCACAUCCAAGAAGAUGUACCCGCACAGGCCAGUCCUCAUGGUCAUCAGCCAUGCAGCCCCCCAUGGUCCUGAGGAUUCAGCCCCACAAUAUUCACGCCUCUUCCCCAAUGCAUCUCAGCACAUCACGCCGAGCUACAACUACGCGCCCAACCCGGACAAACACUGGAUCAUGCGCUACACGGGGCCCAUGAAGCCCAUCCACAUGGAAUUCACCAACAUACUCCAGCGGAAGCGCUUGCAGACCCUCAUGUCGGUGGACGACUCCAUGGAGACGAUUUACAACAUGCUGGUUGAGACAGGCGAGCUGGACAACACGUACCUCGUGUACACCGCCGACCACGGCUACCACAUCGGCCAGUUCGGCCUGGUCAAAGGGAAAUCCAUGCCGUAUGAGUUUGACAUCAGGGUCCCGUUCUACGUGAGGGGCCCCAACGUGGAAGCUGGCUCUCUGAAUCCCCACAUCGUCCUCAACAUUGACCUGGCCCCCACCAUCCUGGACAUUGCAGGCCUGGACAUACCCGCGGAUAUGGACGGGAAAUCCAUCCUCAAGCUACUGGACACGGAGCGGCCGGUGAAUCGGUUUCACUUGAAAAAGAAGAUGAGGGUCUGGCGGGACUCUUUCCUGGUGGAGAGAGGCAAACUGCUACACAAGAGAGACAAUGGCAAGGUGGAUGCCCAGGAGGAGAACUUUCUGCCCAAGUACCAGCGUGUGAAGGACCUGUGUCAGCGCGCUGAGUACCAGACGGCGUGUGAACAGCUGGGACAGCAGUGGCAGUGUGUGGAGGACGCCACGGGGAAGCUGACGCUGCACAAGUGCAAGGGCCCCAUGCAGCUGGCUGGCGGCAGAGCCCUCUCCAACCUCGUGCCCAAGUACUACGGGCAGGACAGCGGGGCCUGCACCUGUGACGGCGGGGACUACAAGCUCAGCCUGGCCGGACGCCGGAAAAAGCUCUUCAAGAAGAAGUACAAGGCCAGCUACGCCCGCAAUCGCUCCAUCCGCUCAGUGGCCAUCGAGGUGGACGGCAGGGUGUACCACGUAGGCCUGGGUGAUGCCGCCCAGGCCCGAAACCUCACCAAGCGGCACUGGCCAGGGGCCCCUGAGGACCAAGAUGACAAGGAUGGUGGGGACUUCAGUGGCACUGGAGGCCUUCCCGACUACUCAGCUGCCAACCCCAUUAAAGUGACACAUCGGUGCUACAUCCUAGAGAACGAUACAGUACAGUGUGACCUGGACCUGUACAAGUCCCUGCAGGCCUGGAAGGACCACAAGCUGCACAUCGACCACGAGAUUGAAACCCUGCAGAACAAAAUUAAGAACCUGAGGGAAGUCCGAGGUCACCUGAAGAAAAAGCGGCCAGAAGAAUGUGACUGUCACAAAAUCAGCUACCACACCCAGCACAAAGGCCGCCUCAAGCACAAAGGCUCCAGUCUGCAUCCUUUCAGGAAGGGUCUGCAAGAGAAGGACAAGGUGUGGCUGUUGCGGGAGCAGAAGCGCAAGAAGAAACUCCGCAAGCUGCUCAAGCGCCUGCAGAACAACGACACGUGCAGCAUGCCAGGCCUCACGUGCUUCACCCACGACAACCAGCACUGGCAGACGGCGCCUUUCUGGACACUGGGGCCUUUCUGUGCCUGCACCAGCGCCAACAAUAACACGUACUGGUGCAUGAGGACCAUCAACGAGACUCACAAUUUCCUCUUCUGUGAAUUUGCAACUGGCUUCCUAGAGUACUUUGAUCUCAACACAGACCCCUACCAGCUGAUGAACGCAGUGAACACGCUGGACAGGGAUGUCCUCAACCAGCUACAUGUACAGCUCAUGGAGCUGAGGAGCUGCAAGGGUUACAAGCAGUGUAACCCCCGGACUCGAAACAUGGACCUGGGACUUAAAGAUGGAGGAAGCUAUGAGCAAUACAGGCAGUUUCAGCGUCGAAAGUGGCCAGAAAUGAAGAGACCUUCUUCCAAAUCACUGGGACAACUGUGGGAAGGCUGGGAAGGUUAAGAAACAACAGAGGUGGACCUUCAAAAACAUACAGAGGCAUCACCUGACUGCACAGGCAACAAAAAACCAUGUGGGUGACUUCCAGCAGACCUAUGCUACUGGCCAGGAGGCCUGAGAAAGCAAGCACUCACUCUCAGUCAACAUGGCAGAUUCUGGAGGAUAACCAGCAGGAGCAGAGAGAACUUCAAGAAGUCCAUUUUUGCCCUUGCUUUUGCUUUGGAUUAUACCUCACCAGCUGCACAAAAUGCAUUUUUUUCGUAUCAAAAAGUCACCACUAACCCUCCCCAGAAGCUCACAAAGGAAAACGAAGAGAGUGAGAUUUCCUUUCAGAUUUCCUUGGAAAUUUCCCCCAAGGGUGAAAGUCAUUGGAAUUUUUAAAUCAUAGGGGAAAAGCAGUCCUGUUCUAAAGCCUCUUAUUCUUUCGGUUUGGUUUGUCACAAAGAAGGAACUAAAGCAGGACAGAGGCAACGUGGAGACGCUGAAAACAGUGCAGAGAGUUUGACAAUGAGUCAGUAGCACAAAAGAGAUGACAUUUACCUAGCACUAUAAACCCUGGUUGCCUCUGAAGAAACUGUCUUCGCUGUAUAUAUGUGACUAUUUACAUGUAACCAACAUGGGAACUUUUAGGGGAACCUAAUAAGAAAUCCCAAUUUUCAGGAGUGGUGGUGUCAAUAAACGCUCUGUGGCCAGUGUAAAAGAAAAUCCCUCGCAGUUGUGGACAUCUCUGUUCCUGUCCAGAUACCGUUUCUCCUAGUAUUUCUUUGUUAUGUCCCAGAACUGAUGUUUUUUUUUUUUAAGGUACUGAAAAGAAGUUGAUGUAUGUCCCAAGUUUUGAUGAACCUGUAUUUGUAAAAACAUUGUGUAGUAUAAGUAUUGUCAUAGAGUGUUUAAAACCCCAGCCAACGACCCGCAGUUGGGAUGAAGAAACCUUGGACAUUCUGUAAAAGGCCAUUUCUUGGGAGUUUUUUGGUGUGUCUGUUUUUUUACAGUAUUCAAGAUACUACCAGUCAACAUCUUUUUGGAAGAAAAUGCCUUUGGGUUUAGAAGAUUUUCUUAAAAGGGGAGUAAAUGGUUGUAGAUUGACUAAAGUCUACCAUACUUCAAGGGACUACAGGUAAGUCUCAUAGUAUACCAGCUUUGCUACUUCAUUUUUUAAAAGUAUUAGUCAAUUGCAAAGAAAUUCACCUUGGCCAACCCUUCUUUGUAUAUCAGGUAAUCUAACCUGAUACAAGUAGUUGACAGAUUUCAGCUAUCACCAAUCCAACCCAUUUCUCAUUUAACAGAUGACAGAGAUAAUCCCUAAAGCACCCACAUUUGUUUCAAUGCCCCCAACAGGCCAAGGCGCCCUAGCAACUCCCUAGUGGCAUUUUUUAACUUCAGAAACUGUUACCAUUAUUUGAAAUAGACUUCCUUAAUCUUCUUUGCCCUUAAUCCAACAGGGAUUAAAAAACAAAACAAAACUCUUCAGGCUCCAAUUUUAAAUAGAAACCUUUAUUUACAAUGACAUCCAAAAUGGUCAGCAAAGCAGUCACAGCUCACCAUCCCCCAUAAGUCAUUUCAUGUGGUUUCGAUUCUUUGCAGGAUAAAGAAUAAUUUCUAUUUUUUUUUUUUAAGCAACACAAUGUAAACUUGAUUGAAACUGAAUUCAUUCUCAAGAGUAAGUCAAUUCCUGAGAAUUUAAAUAUUGCUCUCAUAUUUCAUUCUUUAAAAUUCCAUAUAUUAGAAAGGAAGAGAGAAAACACCUGCUCGGUUAUUAACAGUGUGCCCUUGGAGUUGAAAACAAUUCUUGUUCCUCUGAUUAAAUCAAUCCUUGAGGUUUUGCUCCUAUGAACCUAAUUGUGAACAAAACUCACAGCUUCUGCAAAUAAAAACAGGCAUACAUGUAACUGGCAAUCCAUUCUGUUUACUUUCAGCUGCACCUACCUCUGGAUCAAAGAACUUCUAGGACAUCAAGCCAAUUAUCUUCUGUAAUACCCUACCCCUAAUAUAGAUACCCCCAACUCACCUCAGAUAUUAAAUACUGAUAACUAAGUAGCACUGUUAUUGAUAUUUACACCUUUCAAUCCAGAUGCAGUUUAGAAAAGUGGCAUCAUAAUAUGAACAUUAACAAUGUAACUUACAUUUAUUUUUUAAAGGAAGAAACAUGUAUCUCCUUUAUAUCAUUCUAAUCUUUAUAAAAUAUAUAUAUUUUAUUUAUAUAUCUUUGGAUUCAGCAAAAAAAAAAAAAAAAAAAGUAGGUACUGGAAAUAUCCCACAUUCUAAAAGCAGAUGAAAAGAUUAUACUGUUCACCCAACAGAUACCAAGGUUUGAAAAAAUGGGGGGUGCUGGGGUGUGAGGAGAGGUAGACAGCAGGAGUAUAAAGAAUUAUCUAAAAAAGAUAAAGGGCAAUACAGGUAAAAACAAAUUAUCUCAAAGACUGCACCUAUUAAAAGAAAAUCAAAAUCUUGAGUUUGCACCAAAUGAACAAGUAGAAAAUAUAAAAACUUAUAAUAAACUUCAUUUUUCUACCAUAUAAAAAAGGGAGUGCUGCCUUCCAGUUAGCCUGCAGCCAGGUCUGAGGAAAGGAUUGCAAAAAAAUUUAUUAUUUCUUUAAAUAAUUUUUAAAGUCAAGAAAGGUAAGAGCACCAUUCUGUUUCUCCCCACACACAUCACUUAAAGAAGGUUCAGACACAAUUGAGCUGAAAAACACAGAGACAGACUGACUUGGUUGUACCUCUGUCUCCAAACAGGAGAGUAUACUAUCUGAAAAGCACAGGCCACUACAAUGGAAGUUUUCAGAUUUACAACCUUAAGAUAUAUUUUAAAGUUGGUGGGGGGAAGAGGGCAAACUCAUAAUUGUCUAUAUUGCUUUGAAAAUAAGAUCUACUGUAGUGGUGGAUCUGGAAAUAAUCAGGAUUCACUUGUAAGCAUAUCAAAGAUAUUAAAUGAUCUUACCUUCAGAGACAUCUAGAAAGACUAAAUGUGUGAAAUUCUUAAAAUUAACUGGCUCUCAGUUAUUGCUAGAAAAUGACACCAAGGCUAGCAGAGACCUCUGAAAUACACAGACAUUCAGAAACCCAAUUCCUUCAACUAUCUGAACCAAAUGAAGUAACCCAGAUAAAGGGAAUUAAACUUCACGUUUCCCUUCCUCCCAGCUGACUGAAACAGGUGUCAAAGAGAGGCAACAGCAGAAAGUGGCAGGGGGCAGAAGAGGGAGGGGUUUCAAAGGUGCUCAGUUAGACUGCGGCUCUGAAUCACAGUCAAACUGGCUGUGCUGGGUACUGAGUUCCUUAAGAAGUAACAGUGACACUACUCUAUCCACAGGGACAUAAUGAAAGCAUCACAUUAGUAUAAUGAGGGGACAGCUGAGGAGACACCAGAAACCACACCAAGGAUUCUACUCAAGAUCUCAAUGUGGGAUUCGGGUCUUAGCAACCAAAAUCUGAAAACGCUCCUAAAGGGGAUGAAAAGGUAACAUAAUUGAACAUACACACACACACACACACACACACACACACACACACACACAAAACCCAUGAAUUGCUAUUACUUCGAACUGCUUAAAAUCCAAAAGAUUCUCUUCAAUCAAAUUGCUCAAUUUUUUUAAAUUCCUGAUUUUUUUUUUUUAAGUUUACUUCCCCAUAGCUAUUCUUUCCCCCCACAUUAACAAAGUGCUUAGUUCUGGUAGAGGAAUUUUUAAAAAAUUAAAAUGCCUACAUCUAAACAAGUAAUCUCUUUAAAAAGCAUUUAGAUUAAGAGAUUGAAGAGUGAGGCAUCUAAGGCUGGGGGGUGGGGAAGGAAAAGCUGUGGAGCACUACCCCCCUGCAGGCCACGGAAGUCAAGAGAUGUCUUUUCCACUGGUAGCCUCUCCACACACAGCUUACUGAAAUCAACAAUGUUAAAUAUUUAGCUUCACAAACUCUGUAAAAAUGAGUUGUUGUGACCUACAAAAAAAAGUAUAUACAUAUUUUACAUAAUACAAUAUCUUAAAGGUCGUAUUUACAAAAAAGUCUAUUCACAGAAACACUGCGAGAUUCUGAUUCAGAAUGCAGUACCUGGCCUUGGGUUUUCAGAAGUUUAUUUUCAAAAAGCAUUAUUGCUCUACCAUAAAGGCAAAGGGUGACACCAGUACUUUAAAAAAAAAAAAAAAAAA